UCGGUCUAGGCAUUAACAGCAGUUAUAAGUGUACAUGAUGCAUUAAUGAAUGCAUCCUCGUAAAUAAGAUAUGUGCGUUUCAUUCAGUUGCGAGCAUGACCUGAAUCGUUUUAUGAGCGAUUCGUUUGAAUAACUUCACGGGACCAGCUUUGGUGGGGUGAUGCGAAGCUGGAGGUGGUAUCUCUCCAGGGUCAUGCGUAUUUUCCUGCGCUGGUUCAGACUCUGCCCCCAACGAGGACGCAGAAAGCGGCAAAGCAGAGUGCGAGACCUGUGGAACUAUUGGAAAGUGAUAAUGAAGUCUCUCUACUUCAACGUCUUGAACAAUUCAGACACUGUGCUAGACUGCGCCUUUGAGCCCAUCUACUGGCUGGUGGACAACUUGACUCGAUGGUUUGGAGUGGUGUUUGUAUCUCUGGUGAUCGCCUUAACCAGCUCUGUUGUGAUCAUCGUCUAUCUGUGCGUGCUCCCCAUCAUCUUCAGCACAUACCCAUUUCACUGGAUACUAUGGCACCUGUGUUACGGCCACUGGAAUCUCCUCAUGGUGGUCUUCUAUUACUACAAAGCCACUACCACGCAUCCGGGUUUCCCACCGCAGGAAAAGAGUGAUAUACCUACUGUUACCAUCUGUAAAAAAUGUAUAGUUCCCAAACCAGCCAGAACGCAUCAUUGCAGCAUCUGCAACAGGUGUAUUUUGAAAAUGGACCACCACUGUCCUUGGUUGAAUAAUUGUGUGGGUCAUUUCAACCACCGGUACUUCUUCAGUUUCUGCCUGUACAUGACCAUGGGCUGCAUCUACUGCAGCAUUAGUGUCAAAGACAUGUUCCUGGAUGCUUAUAAUGCCAUUGAGUCAGGUAGGUACAUGGGCUUGCAUGCACAGGGGGAGAUGGUCACAGAUGCGGGGCUGAUCUACAGCCUGUUGCCCCCCGGAGAUACCCCUGGGCAGAGCUAUUUUCAGACCGCUCCACCCGCCUUCACUCAUCAGGAGAGAAUGGUGCAUAAGAGCCUCAUUUAUUUGUGGGUGCUGACAAGCUCAGUGGCUGUAGCUCUGGGUGGACUGACAUUGUGGCAUGCACUGCUGAUUACUAGAGGCGAGACCAGUGUGGAGCGACAUAUUAACCGCAAAGAGAGAAAACGACUCAAACUGAAGGGCAAAGUUUUCCGUAAUCCCUACCACCAUGGAAAAAUUAACAAUUGGAAAGUGUUUUUAGGUGUCGAGAAGCAGAGUCACUGGCUAACGAGAGUGCUGCUGCCCUCCAGUCAUGCUCCUCACGGGGACGGCCUGACGUGGGACUGUCCUGCAAACAGAAACAACACCAUGGCUAUUUGAUGUCACAGACAUAUCCUUACUACAUAUUCCUUCAUUAGCCCUGGA